UUCUACUGUUGUUGCAAUUGAGUUGCAAUUGAGUAAAUUGUAGUUUUCUAAACACAUACAAAAUGAGACGGCGUGCUGGAGUCGGAGCUAUCCAAAAACAGCGGCUGGAGGCCGAAAAAUACAAGGACAAAGGGACCGAACUGCAAGAGUCGCAAUUUGAACAGAUGGUCAAGCAGAUGGAGGCGCUAAAGGAAAAUCUAGAAGAAUUCGCUAGCAAACAUAGGAAUGAAAUCAAAAAGAAUCCUAGCUUCCGACGCCAGUUUCAAGAAAUGUGUGCCGCAAUCGGCGUCGAUCCACUAUCGUCGGGGAAAGGUUUCUGGAGCGUUCUUGGCAUGGGUGAUUUCUACUACGAGCUAAGCGUACAGGUGGUGGAAGUAUGCCUGGCCCACAAUCACAUUACAGGAGGUUUGAUGGAUUUGGAAGAACUCAGAAAUCGGCUUGUUGCUGCACGUGGUAAAAGUCAAAUUCACCAGGAGAUCACGAACGAAGACAUCCUAAUAGCAACGAAGAAACUCAAAAUAUUUGGCAACGGAUUUACGGUUUAUUCGGUUGGAAAAUCGCGUCAUAUGGUACAGUCAAUUCCGGGUGAACUGAGCCUCCAGGAAACAGCAGUGUUAACGGCAGCCUCAAACCAAGGUCAAGGAUUUGUGACGGUGGCGUCAUUGGUGAAAGAUCUGGGAUGGACCGAAAUAAGGGCUCAGCAAGCUGUCGAAAAAGUACUCGGCGAAGGAAUGGCGUGGCUGGACGAUCAAGGGCAGGAAAAAUCGUAUUGGUUUCCAAGUUUGUUCUCUGGAAGAUUGGCAACCAAGUCGUGACUGAUUGAAAGCUUUCCGUGCAAUCAUAUGUUUCCUUUCCGGGUGAAUAUUUAAAUUAAAUCAUUUAACUUAGAGAGAGAUCGACCAGGCUUAAAACAAUGUCACGCUUUACUAUAUAUUCGAGCCGAGUGAAUCGCGUAAGUGAAGUAGCUCAACAAAAUUUAAUAAAGGCCAUAUUUGAAAUUUAAUUUCAG